GGACAAGUGAAUGAAGCGGUACUAGCGAAACGAAACUCAAAUUCACAGCUAUGCUGACCCUCCUCCCCCUUCGCUUGCCAUUCCCGGUAGCCAACGCACUCCCGAACGCCACCUUCCUCCUCCCAAGGUUCACCAGGGUCCCCGUCCGCCGAACCCCGCCGCAAGCGAACAUGAGCACCUCCUCCGGGCCCGAUGCUGCCCCCGCCGCCGCGACCGUCGGCGAGGAAUGCGGGAAGGACGUGCUAGUGCAGUACGUCGUGCUGCGGCGCGACCUAGCGGACGCGUGGCCGCUGGGGAGCGUGGUGGCGCAGGGGUGCCACGCUGCCGUGGCCGCCGUGUGGGCUCACCGCGACCACCCGGACACCGCCGCCUACUGCGGGCCGGACAACCUCGACCGCAUGCACAAGGUAACAUUGGAGGUGAAAGGAGAGACACAGCUGAAGAACCUGGCUGAAAAGCUGGAAGCAGCCGGUGUCCAGCACAAGCUGUGGAUAGAGCAGCCUGAGAACAUCCCGACAUGCAUUGCCACAGCUCCCUGCCCAAAGUCGCAGGUUUCUUCAUUCUUCAAGAAGCUCAAGCUUUGCAAAUGAACAAAGAACGUUUCUGUUUAUUCCUCCAUCUGGAACUGUCAUUAUAGAGGAUCAUCAAAACUUUAGAAUUGCCCAUGUACUGGGUGUGCCUGUUUCUUUAUGUAAGCUGGAUAAACUGAUGAAGUAUUUUCAGAGUGGUGACCAUUUCUGUCUUGGUUU